AUGCCAAGCCAUGCUUCACAUAUACAGCAUCUUAAAAGACAUGCGGCCACAGUUCACACUGCAGAUCGUAGCUUUGCAUGCGAAUUCUGUACUGCCAAAUUUAAACGAGGGGAUGCUUUAAGGAGACACUAUAAGUCAUGCUCUCUUAGAGUCCAACGUGGCGUGGACAUGCCUCCGGCUAUCCAAGCUGGCAGGCGGAAACGAGCCUGUGAAGGUUGUACAACUCUCAAGAGGGCAUGUGAUCUUCAAAUGCCAUGUCUUGAAUGUACAGAAAGGAGAAAGCAAUGCAACUAUAGACGCGGCUCCCCAGUGACCGAAGCUAGCGCGGGCUCCGAAGUCCUCACCUCUGCUGCCGGACCUGGUCCUGUUAAACCCGAAGAACUCAAUGUCGGUACCGAAUUCAUUGACUUACCAUUCUUUGGCAUAGACUACGAAUUAAGCGGCGGGAUGCCUUAUGUAGGAGAUCUAACUAUGCUCAUGCCCGCGACAGAACAUCCUCCACAAAGGAUCCAACGUCCUAUACGUCUCCAAUUCUUAUUAAAUUUCACUCGUACUACGGGAGUGAAUAGCUCAUAUAACUACAGAAGGCCAUCUAUGCAACCGCAGAGUCCUGUAGGUGUAUACAGUUACAGGGCCGUGUAUAUUUCUAAAGGCGCAGGGAUAUGUCGACUCCUUGAGUCUACUACCCGGGGUACCAAUUUCUCUCAGAUAACAUCAGCUGCCAACAACAUCUUUUCUAUCGAAGAAAUGCCAAAACUACUUGUGAUUUUCUGGGAACGGUGGUACCCCCACUGUCCAAUCGUUCACCGCUCGUCCUUCAACCUCACCUUUGCUCAUCCUCUUCUAGUAAUGGCCAUGGUUCUGUUGGGGGCAGUCAUGUCACCAUUUCUACAGCAUAGAGAACAAGGAAGACUUUUGCUCGAUAGUGCCGAAAAUGCUAUCUUCAGUUCCAAGAUCUUUGAUUGUGAUGGAUAUACGGAUGUCGACGAGGUCCAUAAUUCGGGGGCCGUCGCCACUUUCCAAGCCGCGUAUUUCAUCUGCAUUAUGCAGAAAUGGGAAGGCAACGAAGUUGCUAAACAAAGGAUUAGGCGCUAUAGGUUUACUGCCCUAGUAUCAGCUGUUAGAUCUCUUGGUAUCCCCCAUGCUACCCAUGAACACGACCUGUCACUAGAAGAGCCGGAUGAUGUUAGAUGGAAGAAAUUCAUUCGCCGUGAAGAAUUAAUUAGAAUCGUGUCAUACGUGUUCCUCCUUGACUGUGGCUUUUUGACAUUCCAUAACUCCAUCCCUAGAAUGGCGCUUCAAGAAAUGACGAAUGAGCUGCCAUGUCUAGAAGUCUACUUCCAAGCCGCUUCUGCGUCGGAAUUCUUCGAAUUGACACGCCUUGGAUCUCUUCCGCCACGCAUGCUCACCUUAGUUGAGGCAUUACGCCUUCUAACAACUACCCCUGAUGGCAUGUUAAACUACGAAGCCGUUCUUCCAGCGAGCUGUUUAAGCUUAUUCGUAGCUAUUAAUGCUCUUCUUGCUUUGGUAUACCAUCAACGAACAAUAUCGGUCUUCGUCCCACCUGAUACUCAGCCACUCCUCAAGGCAAUAGACAGAUGGGAGGACAUCUGGGAGUGGAACAUGCACCGAUUGCAGGCAUGCAAUAUACGCAUAGAUACCUUCUCAGGUGAGGGAUUAUUCAUGCAGCAGGCACCCGAAUUCGCUGCGUUGGCAAGACUUCAACUGAACACGGCUAAUUCGGAUGUAAAUCCAUAUCCAUAUCCCCCCGGCAACCUCCUUCCAGAUUCUAGCUCUUUUAAUCCGCAGUCAAAGCUAGAUAAAUCGGAUAUGAGCCACCUAGCAGAUCAAAUUCUACGUUUUGAGGCCGCAAAUAUGGGAUAG